UCCCACAAAUCAAAUAUUAUGCAAUUCCUUGAAGAACUGGGCUGUGAGGAUAUAUUUAACUCACAAGAGGCGAAAGAAAUAAAAACAAUGUUUUCUAAAAAUCCUCAGAAUAUGUCUAAAAAUAAAGCAAUACUGGAUGCCAUCCAUAAAUUUGAUGCCGACUACGAUGAUGAGAUCAAAGAAAAUCUUGAUGAGGCCCAGAGCCAAAACGGAAGCAAUGGAGAGGAGCAGAAGGAAGAACAAGUUAGUGAUGAAAGAGAGAUGGGCAUAAGAACUAAAAAUUUUAUGAGAUUCAGAGAUCAUGAUACAUACUCCUUCAAAGGGCAUCUUGACACAGUCAGGAAUAGAGCGUUUGUCCCACAUUUAGACCAAGCUAUCACUGUCUCAGAAGAUUGUACUAUCAGACUAUUAGAUCUCGGCAAUAUUGAUAAAGAAAGUUACAAAAAUUAUGAAAAUUUUGAGCAUAAUUAUUUUAGUGAUGGGUCUGAAUUUGCAGGAGACUCAUCAAGUUUUUACUCAUACUGAACUCUUAGAGGCCAUCCAGGCAUAGUUACAAAAAUUGAAGUUGAUAGAAUUCAAAUUGCACAAGAGCAUAAAAAUCCUCUAUUUUACACAGCAGGUGUUGAAGGCAUUAUCAGAGCUUGGAGAGUGCCAAAGCCUGAAGAUAUAAAACAAUUUGAAAAUGAGGCUGAAUGUACUGCUAAACUCUGCCAAUAUGUAUGGGAAGCUCAUCCAGGAGAGAUGAUAUGGGACUUGAAAUAUCAUAAUACAGAACCUCUUCUUCUCUCCACAUCUGCUGAUGGAAUAAUCUCCUUAUGGAAUCUUGCUGAUUAUAAGAAAUUUGAAAAAUUAGCUUCAGAAUUAUCUAAGAUUGAAAAUAAGAUCCAUUCCCAAAGCUUUAUUCUAAAAGUGAAUGGAUCUGAAAUAACUCCAACAUGUCUUGAUUGGUGAAAAAUGUUCGCCAGCUCAUUUAUAGCUUGAUCCAAUAACGACAUUGCAGGAGCAUUUGACUACCACAAAAGUGAUCCUGUCUUCACUUUCGAAUGUAAAGAACCAAGAACUGGUGAUCCCUCUUUAAGACAAGUUAACUGCGUGGAAUGCCAUCCAACCAUGAAUAUAGCUAUUACUGGAGCUGAGGAUGAAGAUAUUGGAAUAUUUGACCUUGAAGCAAAAGGAAAAUGCUUGAGGAUGACAGAAAAUACCCAUACAAGUCCUAUCAGCAGCAUUGCUAUCAACCCUAAUGGAAUAAAUUAUGCUAGUUCUAGCCAUGAUGGAACAAUUAGAUUCUGGGAUAUAAGAAUGCAACAGUUGCAUCUGAGCUCCUCGAACACGCCAGUCUCUACUUCUAAUGGCACUAAGAUGUAUGGUGAAAUAGCCUCUUGCCAUGACAAAAAGUUUGGAGAAAGUAUCUGAUCCCUUAAAAUACACAGCACUUUGCCAAUCUUGAUGUCGUGAGGAGGAGAUAGUAAUAUAAAAUUACAUAUCGAUAUAAACAUGUAA